UUCAAGGCAACUACAAGCCACCCUGCAGCUCCAAGUCAAGAUGCUCCUGUCCGUGGUCCUUGCCUCUGCCCUGCUUCUCUGCUCUGUGGCCAGCCAGAGGUGUUCAACCUUGUCAGGGAUCCAUGAUGUCACGUACCUCAUUAACAAACUGCAGGAACAUCCACCUUCAAAAUGUGGCUGUGGCACCAACGUGACCGAUUGUUUGUGUCUGCCCAUUCCUUCUGACGACUGCACCACACCAUGCUUCCAGGAAGGGCUGUCCCAGAUGACCAACUCCACGGUGCAAACAAGUUUCCCCCUGAUCUUCAACCGACUAAAAAGAACCGUCAAAGACCUAAAGAGCAGCAAGUGCCAGUUUUUUUCCUGUGAACAGCCGUGUAACCAAACUGCAACAGGCAACGUGCUGACAUUCCUGAAGAGUCUCCAGGAAAUUUUACAGAAAGAAAGGAUGAAAGGCACAGUAUGA